AUGAUAUCAAUUUUAUUAAGAAAUCAUUAAUAAUCUAAUGAAUCAAUUAGUAUCUAAAAUGCUUUAAGAAAUGUAAUAUAAGUAUUAAAAUUUAAUUGUUCAAUUUAGGCUUAAUUAUAAUUAGUAUAUAUGAAUGAUACAGAAUAAAUCUUAUUUGAAGCAGAGAAUUUGUUAAAGAAUUUAUUUCAUACUUAAAAAGGUUUAGUUUAUGUUGUUAAUAAUAAUCGAUUAUUAAGAGUUAAUGAAAAGAAAUUAUUAGAAGUAUCUUAAUUAGGAAUCGGUAUUGUAGGGGAAGCACAUAAAAUCAAAGAGUUUUUAUGGGUUUAGAAUGCUUACAAUCAUUAAUCAUUUAAUAAUUUAGGUUAUUAAUUAAUAUUAUUUUUAGUUGACAUUUAAACCACUAUGCCUAUUUACUGCAUUGAAGUUGAAGGAAAAAAUCAAUCAGUGAUCUUAUAAGUAAUAAAUAACAAAGGAAUCAGGUCUUAAAAGGUUAGUUCAUUUGAUUAGGAAUUACUAGAAAUGUUCGGAAAAAUUAUAUUAAGUAAAAUUGAUUUUAUAUAAUUAUGA